GAUAAGAGGACCCUGGCUUGAACGAGCGGCACGUUGCCGACCGUGUUAGAUGUUUUUGUCUCCGCCCACUCGUCGCCACUUUCCCGCCAUGCUUAGACUGGCGUGGAGGGUGUGCGUAAAGGUGCGGCGCGCGGAGGUCUUGUCUCCAUCCUCAUGUUCUCCUCCUCCUCCGCCUCCUCCUCAUCGUCGUCAUCAGCGCCGGGUGUAGCGCACUCUGCCCCAACAUGGCCCCGCCAGCCCCGCGUCUCGCCGGCUUGGCAAGCCUCAUCCUUCUGCUGCUCCUUGGCGCCGUCGACGGCAGCAGUGCGCCGGACAACCGCACACACGCCGGUGAUGGGGAGGGGGCCUCGCACUCCCGGGGAAACGAGUCCGCGCACGGGAAACCGUUCCCGGUGUUGUCGUUCAACUACGAGCACGUCAGGCGGCCCUUCGAGAUCACGCUGUGGAUCCUGCUGGCUCUCCUCAUGAAGCUCGGCUUCCACAUCAUUCCCAGAGUGUCCCACGUGGUUCCCGAGAGCUGCCUGCUGAUAUUUGUGGGGCUCCUGGUGGGCGGCGUCAUCAAGGCCAUCCGGGAGACGGCGCCCGUCCUCGACACCAAGCUCUUCUUCCUCUACCUGCUGCCCCCCAUCAUACUGGACGCCGGCUACUUCCUGCCCAUCCGCCCCUUCACGGAGAACCUGGGCACCAUCCUGGUGUUUGCGGUGGUGGGCACGCUUUGGAAUGCCUUCUUCAUCGGCGGGGUGAUGUACGGCGUGUGCCGCCUGGAGGGCGCCCAGCUGGCCGGCGUGGACCUGCUGUCCUGCCUGCUGUUCGGUGCCAUCGUGUCGGCCGUGGACCCCGUGGCCGUGCUGGCCGUCUUCGAGGAGAUCCACAUCAACGAGCUGCUGCACAUCUUGGUCUUUGGAGAGUCGCUGCUUAACGAUGCCGUAACUGUGGUGUUGUACCAUCUGUUUGAGGAGUUUUCCCACGCCGGCGUGGUGACAGUGGCCGACGCCCUCCUGGGGGUGCUGUGCUUCUUUGUGGUGUCCUGCGGGGGCAUCAUGGUGGGCGCCAUCUACGGCGUCCUGGGCGCCUUCACGUCCCGCUUCACGUCGCACUCGCGCGUCAUCGAGCCCCUCUUCGUGUUCCUCUACAGCUACAUGGCGUACCUGUCGGCCGAGGUCUUCCACCUGUCGGGCAUCAUGUCGUUGAUCGCGUGCGGCGUGGUGAUGCGUCCGUACGUGGAGGCCAACAUCUCGCACAAGUCCUACACCACCGUCAAGUACUUCAUGAAGAUGUGGAGCAGCGUGAGCGAAACGCUCAUCUUCAUCUUCCUCGGCGUUUCCACCGUGGCCGGGCCCCACGCCUGGAACUGGACCUUCGUGGUCGUCACCGUGGUCCUGUGCCUGGUCUCCCGAGUGCUGGGCGUCAUCGGCCUGACCUUCGUCAUCAACAAGUUCCGCAUCAUCAAGCUGACGAAGAAGGAGCAGUUUAUUGUCGCCUACGGUGGCCUGCGAGGCGCCAUCGCCUUCUCUCUGGGCUUCCUGCUGACCAACAAGAUGAAGGACUUGUUCCUCACCGCCAUCAUCACCGUCAUCUUCUUCACCGUCUUUGUUCAGGGGAUGACCAUCAGGCCUCUGGUGGAGCUUCUGGAAGUAAAGAAGAAGAAGGAAGGCGACGGCUCCAUUAACGAGGAGAUUCACACACAGUUCCUGGAUCAUCUCCUCUCGGGAAUUGAGGGCGUCUGCGGCCAUUACGGACAUCAUCACUGGAAAGACAAGCUGAGCCGCUUCAACAAGGCCUACAUGAAGAAGUGGCUGAUUGCGGGCGAUCGCUCCAGCGAACCGCAGCUGCUCUCCUUCUACAACAAGAUGGAGAUGAAGGAGGCCAUGAUGAUGGUGGAGAGCGGCAUCGCCUUCAGGCCGCCUUUGAUUGUGGCGAGCGAGGAACCCAAGGGGCCGUCCAGACGCAGGACAAACAUCUCCAGAGGUCGGGAGAAGGAAAUGCGAAAGAUGCUGCAAUCCAACAUGCAGAAGAACAGACAGAGGGUAGGAAAAAAAUGUGCCAAAAUCGGCGCGUUAAGAAAAAAACACUUUGCGUGUGUCCCUUCUAAAGGAAAUUUAGUCCUUAGACAAAAUAACUUGAUAUUAGUCUAUUUUGUCAUUGAAUAUAUUAAAGUUAGAGUACCAAUGACUGUCACACACACAUUAGGUGUGGUGAAAUUUGUCCUCUGUGUUUGACCCAUCCCCUCGAUC